ACGCUCAAUAAAUUUCUAGGGUUUUAGCAAAACCCCUCUUUUUUUGAUUAUACACGCACACAGACAACUCUCUCUAUCUCUCUCACUCUCCCACUCUCUCUAUCUCUCUUUCUCUUCAAUGGCCUAAAACCCUCUUGCCACUCACUUAAACCCACACACUCAAUGGCUCCUUUCUGCACUGCUUUACUUCGCUGCACUCCCCUCCCCUCUCCGGCAACUCGCUUAUCGUUUCUCCGAUUCAACUCGCCCGGAAUUCGAUACCUUUCGAGUCUCCGAAGAGCGAAGCCUGUGAGGCCUAUUACUGCCAAGCAAGUCGAUAUUGAUGGAGAGACCAGAGAUGAGGGCAAUGGAAGUGUUUUAGUUAGGGAUGAUGGUGUUAGAGAUGGAAGAAUUGUUCCGAUGGAGCUUCACAGGGAGGCGAGUGAGGCGUAUAUGUCGUACGCCAUGUCGGUGUUGCUUGGUAGGGCGUUGCCGGAUGUUAGGGACGGUUUGAAGCCUGUUCAUCGAAGGAUUUUAUUUGCUAUGCAUGAAUUGGGUCUAUCCUCUCGGAAGCCUUAUAAGAAAUGUGCAAGAGUGGUCGGGGAGGUUCUUGGCAAGUUUCACCCACAUGGGGAUAAUGCAGUUUAUGAUUCCUUGGUCCGGAUGGCUCAGGAUUUUUCAUUAAGGUCCCCACUGAUUCGGGGGCAUGGCAACUUUGGUUCAAUGGAUGCUGAUCCUCCUGCAGCAAUGCGUUAUACAGAGUGUAGAUUGGAGGCACUCACAGAAGCAAUGCUGCUGGCUGAUUUAGAGCAAGACACUGUUGAUUUUAUUCCUAACUUUGACAAUUCUCAAAAAGAACCCUCGGUUUUGCCAGCCAGGGUACCAAACUUGUUGUUGAAUGGCUCUUCGGGGAUUGCGGUUGGCAUGGCAACAAACAUUCCCCCUCAUAAUCUUGGGGAGUUGGUGGAUGCGCUUUCUGUGCUGAUUCAUAAUCCUGAAGCAACGCUGCAAGAGUUUCUGGAGUAUAUGCCAGGACCUGACUUCCCAACUGGAGGGCUAAUAAUGGGUAAUCAUGGCAUCCUAGAGGCAUACCGAACUGGUCGAGGACGUGUUGUAGUGAGAGGAAAGACUGAUAUAGAAGUACUUGAUGCCAGAACCAAGCGCACAGCAAUUAUCAUAAAAGAGAUACCAUACCAGACAAACAAAGCCUCUCUUGUUGAGAAAAUUGCUGAGCAUGUGGAGAACAAGAAUUUGGAAGGCAUAAGCGACAUUCGUGAUGAGAGUGAUCGCUCUGGAAUGCGUGUUGUGAUUGAGCUAAAGAGGGGUUCAGAUCCUUCCAUUGUUCUGAACAAUCUCUAUCGCCUCACCGCUUUGCAGUCCGGCUUCAGCUGCAAUAUGGUGGGUAUUCUUAAUGGACAACCAAAACAGAUGGGCUUGAAGGAAUUGUUGCAGGCAUUCUUGGAUUUCAGAUGCUCUGUAAUUGAAAGACGUGCAAAGUUUAAGUUGUCCCAAGCCCGUGAGAGAAGUCAUAUUAUCGAGGGCAUUAUUGUGGGGCUUGAUAAUUUAGAUGCAGUGAUCGGAAUAAUCAGGAACGCAUCUAGUAAUGCAACAGCUUCAGCUAGUUUAAAAAAAGAGUUUACAUUAUCCGACAAACAAGCUGAUGCUAUACUGGACAUAAACUUGAGAAGGCUUACACAGCUUGAGAGAAAUAAAUUUGUUAAUGAAGGAAAAUCCUUGAGGGAACAAAUUUCGAAGUUAGAGCAACUUUUGUCAAGCAAACAUCAGAUAUUGCAGUUGAUUGAACAAGAGGCGCUUGAAAUUAAAAAUAAGUUUGCCUCUCCAAGGAGAUCAACCUUGGAGGAUACUGAAAGUGGGCUACUUGAAGAGAUAGAUGUUAUCCCAAAUGAAGAAAUGCUAUUGGCACUUAGUGAGAAGGGUUAUGUAAAACGAAUGAAGCCUGACACUUUCAACCUUCAAAACCGUGGAACAAUUGGGAAGUCUGUUGGGAAGUUGAGGGUAAAUGACAUGAUGUCUGACUUCCUUGUCUGCCAUGCCCACGAUCAUGUCUUAUAUUUCAGUGAUCGAGGCAUAGUCUACUCAGCCCGUGCUUACAAAAUUCCAGAAUGUACACGUGCUGCAGCUGGGACUCCUUUAAUUCAUAUGUUGUCGUUAUCUAGUGGUGAGAGGAUUACUUCGAUUAUUCCUGUGAGUGAAUUUGCCCAAGAUCAAUAUCUUUUGAUGCUCACUGUAAAUGGCUACAUCAAAAAAGUGUCUUUGAGUUAUUUCUCCUCCAUCAGGACAACAGGAAUCAUAGCAAUUCAGCUGGUUCCAGGUGAUGAACUGAAAUGGGUACGUCUCUGCACAAACGAAGACCUUGUGGCGAUGGCUUCACAAAAUGGGUUGGUUAUCUUAGGUUCUUGUGAGAUGAUGAGAGCGUUGAGUAGGAAUACUCGUGGUCAAGUUGCCAUGAAAUUGAAAAAAGGAGACAGAAUGGCAAGCAUGGACAUCAUUCCUGCAGCCUUACGGAAAAACCUGGAAAGAAACACCGAAGCUCACAUCAGCCAUGGUAAGCGUGCCAGUGGACCGAUGUUAUUGUUUAUAUCAGAGAGUGGGAUAGGGAAGCGAGUUCCUCUUAGCAGCUUUCGUCUAUCAUCACUGAACAGAGUUGGCUUGAAAGGGUUCAAGUUCUCAUCUGAAGAUCGGCUGGCAGCAGUUUUUGUAGUUGGAUCUUCAAUGACAGAGGACGGCGAAAGCGAUGAACAAGUUGUUCUUGUGAGCCAGGCUGGCACUGUCAAUCGAAUUAAAGUUCGAGAUAUAUCGAUACAGUCUCGUUAUGCAAGGGGAGUGAUUUUGAUGAGACUGGAGCAUUCGGGAAAAAUUCAAUCUGCAUCGUUGAUAUCAGCAGGAGAAUCUGAGCCCGAGGACUUUGAUGAUGCUGUUUCCCUCUAGGGAUUUCUGUAUCCUACAGGGGUAUGCUUGCGGUUUUAGAACUGUAGAUUUUCUUCUACUUAGAGCUGUAAUUCUGAAUGUCUUGUGGGUUGUAUAUGUGCAUUGUCAGUAAAGUGGAAAGUGCUUUCAUCGUAUCGUCCAGCACUUUAUAUAUUUUGUAAUAUGCUUAGUAUUAGGAGGUGAUAAGACGCGAACAAGAGAAUAUUAGAGCAAGUGACACUUCAUGUCUAACUAACUAUCCUGGUAGAAGUUUCACAUACGAAUUACCGGAACAUUGUAUUAGCACCAAAUUGCAGUAGUUGAUUACGGAGUCUGGACGGUGAUUGUGGUUAUUGUUAAUAUUAGUGUAUUAGGAACAAAUAACAAUGUAGUGAUGGUUGACCAGUAUUCAUUUUCAAGUAAUUGCAUAGUCUUGGUUUAAAUUGUA